AUGAGGUUUUAUCUGAACGUCGGAAAAUCUAGCCGUGUCGUGAGCGGUCAUCAUGCAAACGACUACCACUACCUCAAUUACCCUCAAGCUAAAGGUCCGACCGACUCGCUCACUCUCUCCAUGCAUCCAUCUUCCAACCUACUUCUACUAGUCAGAUGGCGAUUCCAGGGUAAGACCUUACUCGUGGCAAGGGCAAAGAAGCAUUGUAAGAAAGACAUCUUGCCAAACCUCGUGAUCAUCGUCAGCCGUGUCAUAGAAGGUCUGAUCGUACCUACGAUCCACCGACAAAGUAUUUGCAUACCAUCGAACCGUUGUUGGGUCGAAAGUCAGAUCUACUUGGUAUUGAGGCCCGAAGGCUGA